AUGUACAGGUUUGCUGAGGUACUUUGUCAUGUUGACGAGAGCUCUGCCUUAAUGGAAUUCAAGAGAAGUUUCAGAAUCAACACGACAGACCGGCGAUGUGUUUAUCCAAAAGUUCAUUCAUGGUCGCUGGAUGGAAGUGGAGAUUGUUGUUCGUGGGACGGCGUCAAAUGUGAUGAAGUCACCGGCCGAGUGAUUGCCCUCGACCUCAGUAGCAAUUGUCUCUCAGGCACCAUGAGUCCCAACACCACUCUCUUUCGGCUCGUUCACGUGGAGUCGCUCAAUCUCGCUUUCAACAGCUUCAACUUCUCCUCAAUUCCGUACGGCUUCGGCAAUCUUUCAAAGUUACAAUACCUUAAUCUCUCCUCUUCUGACUUUUCCGGAUCGCUUCCCUCUUCAAUGGGUAAUCUUUCUCAUCUCACUGAAUUAUACCUUGAUGGAAAUAACUUGCAAGGUCAAAUCCCUGUUUCAUUUGCUAAUCUUGCCCAACUAUCAGUGCUAUUGCUCUCUUACAAUAACUUAAGCGGUGAUUCCUUAGAGUGGAUGGUCAACUUGACAAAACUCACCUCCUUGAGCAUUUCAGGUAAUCGGUUAAGUGGUGGAUUUCCAUCUUCAUUUGAGAACUUGAAGCAGUUGACUAUUCUUGACCUUUCUCACAAUGACUUGUACGGUGAUAUUCUGGGCGCAUUGCGGAAUCUGAAGAAUCUCAUAGUGCUUUAUCUGAAUUCGCUUAGUCUCAAUGGCAUUCUCAACAUAAAUGAUCUAUUCACACUCAAGAACUUGAAAGUCUUAGAUUUGUCCAACAACAACAUAUCCUUCACCAAGUCAUUCAUCAAUGCCACUACAUUGAAGCUUACCAACUUAAAGUUGGAUUCAUGCAACUUGACUGAGUUUCCACAGUUUAUAGGCUACUCAAACGAAUUGAGGGAGUUAUCCCUACAACACAAUAGAAUUCAAGGGAUCAUUCCUAGAUUGACGUGGAACAAUAGCAAAGAAUCUCUCUUGUAUAUAGAUCUUUCUAACAAUCUUUUAUCCGGCUUCGAAGAAAACCAAACCCAUCUUCCUUUACCGAACUUGAACUAUCUUGACAUUAGUUCUAACUUGCUAGAAACAACCCUCCCUACCCCACCUCCCCUAGUCAUGUUAUACAACAUCUCCAACAAUUUCCUAUCUGGGGAAGUUCCAACAUCCAUUUGUGAAGUGAGAUCUCUUACCGUGCUCGAUUUGUCCAACAAUGCUCUGAAUGGCACACUUCCUCCUUGUUUGGGUAGUAUUGGUCCUUUGAUUUUAUUGAACCUCGCAAGAAAUAAAUUCGAUGGCAUGAUUCCUCAUGGUUACCCAAAUGGUUGUGCAUUAAGGAUGAUUGACCUUAGAGAAAACCAACUAAGUGGGAAUGUUCCGAGAUCUUUAGGAAAUUGUGGAAUGCUGGAGUAUUUGAAUCUUGGUGACAACCAAAUUAAUGAUACGUUCCCAUUUUGGCUAUCGGAGCUAACCUACCUAAAAGUAAUUGGCUUGCGGUCCAAUAAUUUCCAUGGUCCCAUAGAAUCUAGUCUAAGCAAGUUCAACUUCACCAGUUUACACAUCCUGGACAUUUCCAACAACAACUUCAAUGGCGAAUUUCCUUCCAACUUGUUGAAGAGUUGCCAUGCCAUGAAGAUCAUGGUUGGUCAAGAUAAGUUGGCAUAUUUGGAUAUUUUUGAAUUCCUUCCUAAUGUUUCAUUCAACAUAAGUAUGAAUUCAUCGCAUACUUACGCAAUGAAAUUGAUGAAUAAGGGCACGAAAAGGGAAUAUGCGAAGAUUCCAGAUGUCCUCAUGGCAAUUGACCUCUCCAACAACAAGUUUGAAGGGUUCAUUCCUAAACUCAUUGGAGAUCUAGAAUCACUUCGCAUGCUCAACCUUUCAAACAACCUCCUCAAUGGUGGCAUCCCUUCUUCCUUGGCCAACUUGGCAGUGCUCGAAGCACUGGAUCUUUCUCGAAACAAUCUUGUAGGAGAGAUUCCUCAACAACUAGCCCGCCUCACAUUUCUUUCGUUUUUCGAUGUCUCUCACAAUCGUCUAUCAGGACCAAUACCACAUGGAAUGCAAUUUGAUACAUUCGGGAGCAGUUCAUUUGUGAUGAAUAAUGGUUUGUGUGGAAGUCCCUUCCUAAAUAAAUGCACAAAUGGUGAGAACGCUCCACCACCACCAUCAUAUUUCAAAGUGGAUAAUGAAGAAGAGUGUCUCUUCAACUUGGAUGGGAGAAUCGUGCUGGUUGUUGCUGGAGUUGGGUUUUUGGUCGGUGUCGUGAUAGAGAACUUGAUCAUUGACGAGAAGAGUGUGUGGUUCUUGUGCUGCUCAAAGAAAAUGGCAAAAGGAUGGAAAAAGGUGAGGAAAGCUCUCGCAAACAAGAAAAUAUGCAACUAG